AUGGAACGAGCUGUAUACAAUAAGAGAGAUGAAGACUCUGACAUUGUCAGUUGGUUUGAGGACAUAGCCGAGAACGCCGGGCAAGUUCAAACACAGACUCUCCGGCGGAUUCUUGAACUGAACUAUGGUGUAGAGUACCUCAAGAAAUGGUUGGGAGAGAAAAAUAUUCAUGACUUUGAGGAAAGAGCUUUGGAAUCUUUUUAUACUUCUAUGGUUCCUCUUGCCUCCCAUGCAGAUUUGGAGCCUUAUAUCCAGAGAAUUGCCGAUGGGGACACAUCUCCUGUACUCACUCAAAAACCGAUGACAACUCUCUCUCUAAGUUCUGGAACGACAGAAGGACGACAGAAGUACGUACCCUUUACUCCCCACAGCUCCAAGACGACUCUUCAAAUUUUCACUUUGGCAGCAGCCUAUAGAUCAAGAAUAUAUCCAACAAGAGGAGGAGGAAGAAUCCUAGAGUUCAUAUACAGCAGCAAACAAUUCAAAACAAAGGGAGGCCUAACAGUAGGAACAGCCACAACCCACUAUUAUGCAAGUGAAGAGUUUAAAAUCAAACAGGAGAAGACCAAGUCAUUCACUUGCAGCCCAACUGAAGUAAUCUCAAGUGGAGACUACAAACAAUCCACAUACUGUCACCUCCUUCUUGGCCUUUUCUUCUCUGAUCAAGUAGAGUUCAUAACCUCCACUUUUGCAUAUAGCUUAGUGGAGGCAUUUAGGUCAUUUGAAGAGCUUUGGCAAGAAAUAUGCAAUGACAUCAGAGAAGGCACUCUCAGUUCAAGAAUUACCAUCUCAAAAACACGAAAAGCUGUCUUGGAAAUCAUCGCCCCGAAGCCAUUUCUGGCUUCGUGGAUUGAAACGAGCUGUGAGGAGUUGGAAGAUGAAGGCUGGUUUGGUCUAAUUCCGAAGCUUUGGCCAAAUGCUAAGUAUGUGUACUCUAUAAUGACAGGAUCAAUGCAACCAUACUUGAAAAAACUGAGGCAUUAUGCUAAAGAGCUGCCAUUGGUGAGUGCUGACUAUGGAUCCACAGAGAGCUGGAUUGGAGCUUUGAAGUGA